AUGCCACACGUUAAACCAGAUGCUGAAAAGGAGGACAUUUGGGACUUGCCGGUGGCAGAGAUGGAGCAGGAACCCAGUGACAGGGAUCAGGAGGAGCUGUCAGAUUUCAAGUCCCUGUGUGAAAAGUUUCAGAGUGCCUGUCGGACCAAUUCCCCGCCAGUGUGCAUCGACCAAACAGAAGAAAAGCCAAUUCUACCUCCAAAGAUUUCUCGCAUUCGAUUCAAUCCAGCACUUCAAGGCGUCAUCAGCUACUUGGAGAACCAGGUCCCUGUAGCCGCCCCACUUAUUGCAACCAAACCUGAGCUGCUGCCCAAACCUGAGCUGCCGCCCAAACCAAAUGGUCUUUCCAAGGACACAUUUCUUGUGAAGACCAACGACAUGAAGCUAAGCAAAGUUUUUAGGAAAACGCUCUCCGUUACGGACUCCACAAGGACAAAUGAUGCUGGGAUGUGUAUGAAUCAUCCGCAGGUUUAUAGGCAAUCAAUGCCAGCCUUCCGAGACCCUCCAAGAGAGCCCAACCAACCAGAAGUCUAUGAAGAUGUGAUCUCUGCUGGGCGUCCUCCUACACCCAUCAAUGACCUCAAGAUCGCGGGAAGCAAGCCUCUGCCGGCUACUGAGGGUCUAAAUUCAGUAAAGAUGACCAGUACUCCUGUUCCAGAUGAUAAUUCUGCAGAGGACAAAAAGGAGAAAGAAGUGCAUAAAGUCCCAUCGUUAAAAAUACUUCCAUCAAUCACAUCCCUGGGACCACCCCCCUCCAAACCUCCCCGACCCCCGAAAGUGGAUCUCAGCGCUUACUUCACUGGCAGUUCACAGCAGAAUGGGGAGAGCAAUGAACCUGAAGAGUCGUCUGAAGUAGAAUACGAGCAGCCAAGCUCGGCCUCGGAGGACGGUCCUAUUUAUGACCUGGCUUACAGCCCUAAAGGCUCAACAGAAAGCGACUCCAAUGUCUAUGAAGUAGACGCCAAUGACUGCGACAACCCUGAAUCUGUGAAUCCGGCACCAGAGGACUCGAGAAGUCCGGAGAGUUCUGAGCAGCUUUGGGACAUCAGGAAGCGCCUGUGUGCAGAAUUAAUUGCUAAACGCCAAAGUCAAGUGCUGGAGCCCCAGGGGCACUCGGCCUCGGGGGACGGGGAUUUUUAUGACGUGGCUUUCAGUCCUAAAGGCUCAACAGAAAGCGACUCCAAUGUCUAUGAAGUAGACGCCAAUGACUGCGACAACCCUGAAUCUGUGAAUCUGGCAGCAGACUCCUCAAGCCUGAUGGAGUCGGAUGAGAGUUUAUGCUACGAGGACAUUCUGAAGCUCAGGGAGUCCUUAUCCGACAGGGAUUUCUAUGACACCGACCCGGUGAGCAGCCUGGAGACUGCCUAUGCCUCUGAGGUCUCUGUCAGUAAUAAUGAGCGCAGCAAUAAAUCGUCUGUCUCUGAAGGAUAUUACAGUGCCGACAUGGACAUCUCCAACGAUUCGUUCCAGAAAAAGGAGAUUAAAAUAAGAAAAAAAGAGCAAACCUUUAGAACAAAAUUCAAGAUUUCGGGUCAGGAGAACAUGUUAUACACUUCCGUAAUUCUAGAAGAUAUUAAGCCUGAAAAACACCUGCUCCCAGUGAAGAAGGGGGACACAGUGGAAGUUAUUCGGAUCAUGGACUGUCCUGCGGGAAAAUGGCUGGCCAGGGAUGUCCAAGGAAACUAUGGAUUUGUUCCUGUGGCCAGUCUGCAAGUCUUCCAUGAAAUUAAGACCUUUAGCAAGCAACCUGUCGCCAUUCCUCCUGCUGACCCCGAUGUCUACACUGACGUAGAAGUCGGGCCAAAGGACAGUGGGGCCCGAGCAGACUCGCUGAAGACCCCGGACAGUUAUUCCUCACAAUCAGACGACCAAUAUGACGACAUCGGCAACAUGAGCCAAACCUCAAACAGUUCUGGUGGAAAAGGAAAAGUGUUCGGGCAAUUUUUCAGGAAAGACAAAUACAAAAAGCAAGACGCGGGACCUGCUUCUGGACUUCCUAAUAUGAACAGAACCACAUCACAGGAGGGGGAAGUCAAUCACAGUCGCACCUAUGUCAUAAGUGACCAGUAUGAAAGAGCGAAGGAAGAAAAGGCUCAUGGAUGGAAAGCAGUAUUUCACAAAAGUAAAGAACAAAAAGGAAGUGAAAAACCAUCUACCUCUGCAAUACCAGGACUAAAGAGAAUAGCCAAAGAAGAGAAGCUAUUCCGUGAGAAAUUCAAGUACACGGGUGAAAUAAAAGUUAUUAAUAUUGCCAUCAUCAAUGACCUGGCUCCACACUCACCAAAAAAUAAACUGGAAAUCGCUGUGAAACCAGGAGAAACAGUUGAAAUCAUAGAUAUCACCAGUGAAAACCAAAUUAUUUGCCGAAAUUUUGCUGGAAAAUAUGGCUACGUCCCGAUCGAGUAUUUAAACUUCAGGUAAGUAAAAUCCUGAGCCAGAAAUUGUGAUAAUUGUGAGUUUUUGAAAUGUAUAAUUAGGUCAUUUUUGAGUAAAAUUAAUUACAUUUCUCUUUU